UACCCCUCUUAGACGCCUGCUUCAGCAGUGUCUUCUGCCUUCCUCCAAAAGAGGACAUGCAGGGCCUGGACACUUCCCUCUACCACAAGACCCUGCACGCCAUGGACACCAUGCUGCAGACGGUGGUACUCGACUCUCCCGCCUCCAGCCUCAGCAAGGAGCUGCAGAGUAUCUUGCAGAUGCUGCUGACCUUCACCAAGUCCCCGAGCGCGGCGGUGCGUGAGAGGGCCGUGGGGAGGAUUGGGAUGCUGAGCUAUUUGCUGGCCAGCUAUUCCUCACUGGAGGCCUGGUGCCCCUUUGGAAGAGAGGACGACAGCCCUGCCUGCCACGGCGGCAUCCAUAUCCCCAUCCUGGGAGAGCUGCUGGGACGUCUCAUCCUUCUCAGCUUUUGCAAGGACAAAGAGACCAGCCGUGCGGCUUUGCAUGCUCUUCACCACCUCUUCAGAUUCCUCCAGCAGCAAAGAUGCAGUGCGUGGCCAGAGGAUAAUCUACAGCACCAAAGGGUCUGGGGAGCUGCCAGCAUCUCCUGUCAUUCCUUGCCCAGCACCAGCGCCACGACCAAGGUGUUUGGCAAAUACCUCCAGCCUUUGGAGAGGACAGACAUCAUCCUCACGGCCAUUGAGGCCAUGACAGAUGCCAGCAUUUCUGACAAGGAGGGGGCCAGCAGCAUGCUGGACGAGGCCAUGAAAGACCCGAACUCCUGGCUGACGGAUGUGCCAAAGAUCAUGAGUGGCAUCCACGGAAGCCUGGAGCACAUCCGUGUGGCGCCAGCCCGGCACAGCGUGGACUCCCUGCUUCUCCUGCUGACCAACCGGUGCCCCAGGGAAGUGGUCAAGAGCCUGCUGAAGUGCUCUCCACCAGUUGACAGCGCUGCCCUGGCCAUGUGGGAGGUGAUGUUCUCCCGGCUCCAGCCUUUGGAGAAGGUCUUGAGGGAGCUGCGCAUCGAACUGCGGAACCAGCGGAUGCGCAGGCUGUUCAGCACCGUCCUAGAGGACACCUGCAUCCUCCAGCUGACUCUGCUGGCCGCCAGCGACGUUCGAGCAAAGGAGUUUGCUGCCACGUACAAUCUCUGGAGGUCUCUGAGGCAUCAGAGCCUGGAGAUGCUCUCGCUGGUGCUCCAAGGCCUCGUCACGCUGUCGCAGAGACCUGAGACGGCAAGAAAAAUGCGGGUCCUGCUGGAAGACAUCGUGGAGACCCUGGAGUCUGGCAACGAAGAUAUCCAGAUGAAGGCCCUGCUUGUCUUCAGAAACAUGCUGGGUCAUAUGAGGAGGCAGGAGGCCAGCCCCAUCGCUCUGCAGCUGGCGGAGAAGCUCCUGCCACUCUUCAACCACCAGGAGUCCAGCCAGCUGCGAGAGUUCUCCCUCCGCCUCUUCAGAGAGGUGAUGCAGAAGGUGGCGUGGAGACACAAGAGACAAAUGAGGAAGAACGUGCGGCAGGGCCUGCUCCCGCUCUUCUUUCGCAUGAGUGACCAGAGCCAGAGUGUGGCCAAGGCCUCCGGGGAAGCCCUCCUUGCUGCAGCAGAGCUCCUCAAGUGGAAACAGCUCCGACACCUGCUGCAGACACAGCAGACGUGGAGGAUCGGAGAGUGCUUGGUGGUGCAGGACAGGAGCAGGGCUGAAGAAUACUGUCAUCAGAGCCUGCCAUACCUGAAGGACGCUCAGGCCACCGUGCGAGAGGCGGCCGUGAGGUUCAUCGGGCUUGCCGCGCGGCCCCUGAGGGACCAAAGCCCGGAGAAGCUGUGUAACGUCUGUGACGCCCUCAAGGCCUUGGAGAAAGACGUCGAGCCCUCGGUCUGUUCGCUGGCAUCUCAGACCAUGCUGAUCCUGAGUUCCUCUCAGGAAGCGGCCGGCAUCAGGAAGCGGCCGGCAUCCGGAUCGACCAGGGCUCUGUGCUGCUGGCCCUGCAAAGCCAGGGAGAGGUGAAGCUCUCCUUGGGAAAAUGGAAAAUUAAAGCUGCAUCAGCCAAGC